CGGCAUCAUGGUUGGAGCUGAAUCUAGGGCUUCUAAUGAAUAUGAAAAGCUUCUACAUCCGCUUAGAAUUAUAGACAACAGAACCAAAAUGGCCGAAAUAUCUUCCAACAUAAUUUACGUAUAUCAAGGGGUAGAGGCUCAUUGUACACAAUUGAACUUGUAUAUAAGUAGAAAGUUUCCGGACAUGGUAAGGGCACCUAUUACGUACCACGCUCUCAGUUUUACUUGAAUUUGGAUAAAGAAAUAGACUAACCAGUUGUUUGACAGGAUGAAUAUCGUGGCAAUACACCUAGAGUUUCAUGUGUAGUAGAAACGAUGUAUGAGUAUCUGAAUAGUCUGGAUGACAAGGAUAUAGUAUGUGGAGCUAUCAUCGUUGGAUGGGAUGCUAAUUCGGGUCCUGAAUUUCAUCGCGUUUUUAUAAAAAACAAAAAGGUUGUGAAACAAAGAGGUUCUAUGCCUUUAGCGCUAGGAAGUGGUCAAGGUCAUGCUCUUCGUAUGCUUCAAAGUAUCGACUACAAUAUGUCCACUGAUGAUGCUGCUGAUUUGGCGUUUAAAACUUUAUUUAAUGCAACCUACUAUGAUAAGCAUAGUGGUGGAGAACUGAAAGUUUAUCACAUUAAUGAAUCUGGAUGGAAGCAGCUCCCUGUCAUGAAUGCUUUGGAAGCUUACACAAGAUAUUACGACCUUCACAGUCGCUUUGAACGGAAAACGCUUUUCUUGGUUGUGGAUGCCGGGAUCCAACCUAUUUCCGCAAACGACCUUAUAGAACACUUCCAGCCACAUGCAAAUUUACUCGCAUCCCAUCGUGUAGCCCUCUGUAAAUUUGGAGGUGAUUGCUUCUACUUCCACCGCCUUGUGUUCGAGUUUGAAGAUGAAGCAAAAAGGGCAUAUGAAACUACAACUCCUCAUGUUCGAACUACUCCCUCGUACCUAGAACGGUUUCCAGAUCAAGUGGUCUUGGAUAAUAAGAAUCCAAGUGUUACAGUUUAUGUGAAUUGGAGCUCAAGGGGUUUGCUGGAAUUUUUACACGAUGAAUGUCAGUUAUUAUAUAAGAUGGUUGAUAGUUAAUUAGCUGGAAGGUUGUGGUCAUGCCUACAUAGUAGGGAUUCUUAUUAUUUUUAUUUUUUAUUUUUUUU